CUGGCUACGUAAGCGUUAGCAAGGUUGCUAGCAGCGUAGCUAAUUUAUUACAGUGCAUGUAGUAAUAAUUACCUUAAUGUUUAUGUUGUUCAAGUGGUUUUUGCACCAAGAUUUCUAAUGUAUGCUUAAUUACAGGAGUGAGAAGUUUUGCAAGUCACACUAGCCACCUUUUAAGACAGUUGCUGCAUCCAGCCAUGUCCACCCACUCAGUCUCUGCACCGCUUCGAAUCCUCUGUAUCCACGGCUAUAGGCAGAACAGUGGUACGUUCCGGGACAAAACUGAACUGCUGAAGAAGCAGGCUGAGCUGGUUUAUAUCAGCGCCCCGCAUCGCGUUACCCUAAGCGCAGAAAUUGAACAGGAUCCGGAAAAGAACAAUGAGGCCAAAGAUGAGGAAGACCCCAGGGGCUGGUGGUUUUCGGAUGCCCAGGCUCGGACCUUUCAUGCUGGGCAAGUGUGUGAGGCCAGUCUGGGGCUUGAGGAGAGCUUCGAGACUGUAAAGACAGCCAUCAGGGAACAGGGGCCGUUCGACGGGAUCCUAGGCUUCAGUCAGGGCGCAGCGCUAGUGGCCAUGCUGUGUGCACUGCAGGAACAACAGCUCACGCCCGAAUUAAAGUUGCGGUUUGCCAUUCUAGUGGCUGGUUUCCCAAGCGCGUGCGCUCAGCACGAAAGGUUUUACACCGGCGUGACUCUCACCACCCCUUCGCUGCACGUGUUUGGGCAGACGGACGGCGUGAUUCCUGACAGCAUGAGUCGAGAGCUCCUCCCAAAGUUUAAGGACCCCCAGGUCCUGAUUCACCCUGGGGGGCACUUUGUCCCGGCGGCCUCCACCCACAGGCAGACUUACCAGGAAUUCCUAAAGAGGUUCCAGGGCUGAGGAUGGGGCUAAAUUUGAUUUCGUUGAGAAUGACCUGAGCGUGUCCACACGUCGGCCUGCACAGGCAGAUCGAAUCAUAAAACUCAUGUAAACAGCGCGCUGAUCCAC